AUGCCACCUAUCAGAGGAGGUCUCGGUGAACGCCCACGCGUAAUCUUGUAUCACCAAACCCUCAUUCCGAGCGGGGGUCAUUAUGUCUCGAUGCUCCCACUUUUGGACAACGGAAUCACACAUGUCAUUUUAGCCGCCGUGCAUCUCAACGAACGACCAGGCGAUAUCACUCUCAACGAUGAUCCACCCGAGAGUUCCAUCUUCGAUCCCUUAUGGGCCGAAGUGCCGCUCAUGCAAAGGCGAGGUGUCAAAGUGAUGGCCAUGCUUGGCGGCGCCGCCCCGGGCUCGUUCACGCGACUCGACGGCACCCAUGAAGAGUUCGAGCAACAUUACUCUCCGCUCUUGACUAUGAUUCGCCGCCAUGGCCUUGACGGGAUAGAUCUUGACGUUGAAGAACCGAUGUCUUUGCAAGGUGUGAUCAAGCUGAUCGACCGACUGAAGGCCGAUUUGGGGGACGCUUUCAUCAUCACUCUGGCCCCCGUGGCGGCAGCUCUCUUGAAUCUUGGCAAUCUUUCUGGGUUCGAUUACCGGGAGCUCGAGCAGGCUCGCGCUUCCAAGAUCAGCUGGUAUAAUACCCAAUUCUACAAUGGCUGGGGUUCAGCAGCUGACCCAAGGAUGUAUGCGACAAUGAUCGCGCAAGGAUGGUCACCGCGCCGGGUGGUCUAUGGGCUGUUGACGAACCCAGGGAACGGAUCCCAGGGCUAUGUGCCUGAGGAUAAGAUUGGCCCUGUUCUUGCCAUGUUGGUCGAACAGUUCCCCAAUUUCGGUGGUGUGAUGGGCUGGGAGUACUACAACGCACUCCCCGGGGACACCGCUAAACCGUGGCAAUGGGCUACUCAGAUGACAUUGAAUAUGGGCAUGAAAGACUUGGUCAUAGCAGCUCGGGAACUCAUGUCGGCGGGCCCGAUGGCGGAGAGCCUCAAUAAUUUGUUUCGAGACAUGCUGAAUCAAGGUCGGCGAUCUUGA